UCGAUAGGCCAACUCAUUUUAAACUCACUCUUAUAUCCUUUUUCUUUCACAGUAGAAGAAGAAUUUGCAAAAUGGCAGAAAUGGGGAAAGUUAUUUCUUGCCACACUGUAUCCUCAUGGAAGCAGCACCUACUCAAAGCCGAACAAUGCAACAAGCUGGUGGUUGUGAACUUCACAGCUUCAUGGUGUGGCCCAUGUCGUUUCAUGGCUCCAAUUCUUGAAGAGUUGGCAAAGAAAAUGAGUAAUAAUGUUAUAUUCUUGAAAGUUGAUAUUGAUGAACUUAUGAGUAUUGCAAAGGAGUUUGGAGUCAGUUCCGUUCCUUCAUUUCAAUUCUUAAAGAAUGGAAAAUUGGUGGACAAGUUCGUGGGUGCAAAGAAAACUUUACUCCAAAACACUAUUUCCAAACAUUCAGCCUAUUGAAGAAAAGCAAUAAUAGUCAGUUCAAUAUAAACAAUAAGAAUGCUAUAAAGGUUAAUUAUUUUAGAGAUAUAUAUAUUGCC